AUGGCAGAUGCCACAUAUCCCCAUAAUAGCCAAACGGAAAGUCAAAACAUACACACCCAGCUUGAUGCCCUAUUCGAAGUCUUUUGGGCGAAACUGGUGGGCAGUGGCCGACAGGCUGAAGAACCAGGGCACUCACCCAACAGAGAACAUGCACACAUCCACCAGAACCGCACGGGCCCCUGUCCGACGAGACCCACAAAAUGGCGCCGGAGAAGGAGACCUCUCCCGCCCGCAUAUAAACGAGCAAGACCACACCGCGCAACGAGGCCUGCCCGAAAUAGCCCACAAGCUCCACACAGACCCGGCAUCACCAGAACAGGCCUCCACCGCAAAGAGCAGACAAGCCAACCGCUGGAACCAACGACGCUGCACCUUGCUGUGACCCAGUGGGACUCUAACAUCUCACCUACAACCUUCCCAUUGUUGGGUAUAGGCUGAUAUUGGACUCACAAGAUGGGAACCACAAAGGUACACGCUGGACAGACCACCUUACAGCCUCCUAA